AUGGGAAAGACCCUCUAUUGUGUUAAAAAUAUAAUUUUAUUUCAUUUACUUGGUGUAUCACAGAUCAUCUUCUAUGAAGAUAAGCACUUCAAAGGUCAAUCCUUUGAGUGCACUUCAGACCAACCUGAUCUCCCUUCUCACUUCAGUCACUGUAAAUCCAUUAAAGUAGACAAUGGAUGUUGGAUUGUCUAUGAACUCCCUGGUUACAGGGGAGAGCAGUACUUCCUGGAGAAUGGUGAAUAUCCUGACUUCCAAUGUUCAACUGGUCACAUGGACUUCAUUAGAUCAUGUCAUAUGGUACCUCACUUCAGUGGACCCCAUCGGCUAAAAGUCUAUGAAAGAGAUGAAUUUCGAGGCCAGAUGAUGGAGUUCACCGAAGAUUGUCCCUCUGUUUAUGAUCGUUUUCUUUAUCAAAAUAUCUAUUCCUGCAACAUAUUGUUAGGAUACUGGAUAUUCUAUGAACAGCCUUCCUACAAGGGCAAACAGUACUACCUGAAACCCGGAGAGUACAGGAGAUUCAAUGAUUGGGGUGCUUCAGAUGCCAGAGUGGGCUCUUUCAGAAGAAUAUUGGAUAUACAGUAAAUGUUACACAUGACAGUGAAACAAUGGGAUGACAAAGGCGUCAUUACUAGCUGCCAUAUAAAAUAAAAUAUGAAAUUGGGUGGUUUUGAUCAUCAA